AUACCGCAUCUUGUAGCUGCUGUUAUAUAUUCUGCGACGACUCUCCUCUGCAAGCCCACAGUUUAUCUUCACUUUUCAGUUUUCAUUACACAACCACUUGUAUUAACACAUUGUUUCGUUUCAUUAUCUCCUCAAUUCCCUCUCGGCCGUUUCUUUGAACGCCCCUUUUUAUCUAUCUUUGUUUCGCUUUCUAAUUUGAAGCUUCACUUUCUAUCUUUGUAUCAUUCCUUUGUAGCUUCGACUUGUUUCGGCCUUUUCUGUAUUGAUUACAUGGCUAGGGAACAGAACUUAUUUGAGCUGGAGGCUCACUAUGAAACUGAUCGAGAUCAUUUGCUCAAGCAGAAAUUGAGUUCCAUCUCCGCAUCUACAGGGGUCUCUGAAAACAAAAGCAGCUGUUUUGAAUGCAAUAUUUGCAUAGACUCUGCACGUGAUCCUGUAGUUACCCUCUGUGGUCAUCUAUAUUGUUGGGCUUGCAUUUACGAGUGGCUUCAUGUCCAAACAUCCUCUCAAGAUGCUGACAAACCGCAGCAGAAUUGCCCCGUCUGUAAGGCUAACAUUUCUCUUACUUCAUUGGUUCCUCUCUAUUGCCAUGGAACAUCCUCUUCUGAAUCCGAAUCCAAGAAGCAUAGUUUGGGUGUGGCUGUGCCCAGUAGACCGCCUCCUAUGUUGAACACUUCAAUUACUUCCACUACAACAUCCACCACACAUCGAACUCCACAACUACAUUCAGAUCUCUUUCAGUCGCGAACGCAGUCAUUACAUAACCCACAGUACUUUCCUCACCACUACGGUGGUUAUGCAGCCAUUGCAACGUCUAGUCUCAGUGGUAUGGCAACAAUUAGCUUUGUUAACCCACUGAUGGGAAUGUUUGGAGGGAUGGUAUUAGAGAGGAUUUUUGGGAGUUCAGUCACGAGUUUGUCCGCGUAUCCAUCUUCACAUCCUCUAAUGACAAGUAGCAACCGUAGAAUCAGGAGGCAGGAAGUGGAGAUUGACAAGUCCCUUAACAGAGUAUCAAUCUUUCUUUUUUGUUGCUUAAUUCUGUGUCUUCUUUUGUUCUAAUCAUAUAAUCUCUUAGCUUUAAUGCUUUUCAUACUAAAACUAUGAGAUUGCGUGAUUAACUACUGUACAGGGAUACAAAUGUUGCUAGAAGUUCCAAAGUCGAGUCCGAAACUUUUGUGAGAAAACUCUGCUAUAUUUCACGUGUAGAUAAUGUCAUAUUCUUCAUUGUAAAUUAUUGUUUCUCUAA